AAUACUCCCUGAACCAGUCAAAAAAGUUAUGAUGUGUUUAUAAAAUAAAAAAUGAAUAAGAUUGUGAUGGGUUUUUUCUUUACAGGUUGUUACUUCAUGAGUGCUAAUUCAUCCUAAACAAAAACGGUAGUACUCUAAUUACAAUCGGUGGUAAAUUGGAAAUGUCGUCGUCAGAUCCGUAUGAGUGUCUAGCAAAUGAGAGUAAAAUUAUCGAAAAGCACACUGAACAAAGGCUGCAAAAUGAUCACCGAAUGGAUAAUCUUAUUCUUUUAGUAUAUGUAGUGCUUCUAACUCUUUCUGUCAUAACAAUCUGGGCUUUUAAACAUAGACGCUUUCGAUAUAUCCACGAAACUGGUCUUUCAGUGGUAUAUGGACUGGCCGUUGGUCUUAUACUUAGAUAUGCUAUAAAAUCUUCAAAUUAUACCGUGGAGAUGCAUGUGUUUUCACGUAAAAAUGAUGAAGCGUGCGGUGGUCGUUUGCCUCCAGAGAGACUGAUUAUUGAGUUUCCUGUCCGUGACCAGUACGGAAAGUUCAAUUUAAGCAUGUCGUUCCGGUACAAAUUUGAGCAGCAAUCGGAUUUCAACUCUUUAAUCAACAACAAGGCUACGUUCGACCCGGAAUUCUUCUUUAAUGUUUUACUUCCUCCUAUAAUUUUCUCAGCAGGUUAUAAUUCAUUUUUUAGGGCUACUUUUUCAAAAAUAUUGGAGCCGUUCUUACUUAUGCAUUUGGUGGUACUUUGUUGUCCGCUCUAGUUGUUGGAACCAUUUGCUAUGGCUUCACCCGUGGAAUUACUUCAUUGUCUCAAACUUUGCGUCUCUCAGACUGCCUUUUGUUUGGAGCUAUUAUAUCUGCUACUGAUCCUGUAACUGUUUUGGCCAUCUUUAGUGACUUGAAAGUUGAUGUCAACUUGUAUGCACUCGUAUUUGGUGAGAGUGUCCUUAACGAUGCUUUAGCAAUUGCCUUAGCCCAGUCGAUCGAGAAAUAUGGAUCCAUUUCUGCUGGUAAUUUCGAUGGCCACGCUUUCCUGUCUUCUGUGUUAAACUUUUUUAUAAUGUUUGGAGGUUCAUUCGUCACUGGCGUUUCUAUUGGCUGUGUAACGUCUCUUCUUACAAAAUUUACACACAUCAAGGAGCACCCCCUACUGGAAACAGCUUUGUUCGUUCUAAUGUCUUAUAGCACAUUUCUUUUUGCUGAAGCUGUUGGGUUUACGGGUAUUGUUUCCGUGUUGUUCUGUGGUGUGACUCAAGCACACUACACUUAUAACAACCUAUCCCAGGAAUCUAAAGUAUGGACAAAAUCUUUUUUUGAACUACUUAACUUCUUGUCGGAAAACUUUGUUUUCGCAUAUAUCGGUGUUUCAACGUUUACUUUCCCUCAUCAUUAUUGGAAUGCUCGAUUUGUAUUUAUCGCAUUGUUCUCAUGUGUAAUUGCUCGGGCAGUCAGCGUAUAUCCACUUACAGCCCUCAUCAACUUUUGUCGAACUUAUCAGUGUUCCUGUUCUACGAAAUGUUUGAAGCGAAAGUUUGAUUCCAAUUCUCAACUGUCUUACUCUAGUGAUAAAAAUAUUGUGCCUGGAUCAUCAUUUUUGUCGAAUUCAAUUGAUUCAGGUAGUGUCGCAGUUACUUCAGCUGAUAAUAACAGGAAGGAUAAAUCUAACAAAAUCACUUUAAAUUUUCAACAUAUGAUCUUUUUCUCAGGCCUUCGGGGUGCCAUGGCUUUUUCAUUAGCGAUUCGCAAUACAAGUUCUGAAAUACGUCGGAUGUUUUUUUCAACGAUUAUUGUAAUAGUUAUGACUACGGUGUUAUUGGGAGGUUGUUUUGCCAUAUCGUUACUUCACAGAUUGCAGAUACCGUAAGUUUUUAUGGGUGUGUUAGUGUUAUUCAAAAAAAUAAUGUGACAUGACGUAAUCCCUCCUUUUACCUUCAACCACUUAACUAUACUCAGAUGUGAACCUUAUCAAGUUAUCAAACUUACAGAGCCCCCAAAUGCCCUGGUACGGCCGAGAGUGGGGAGAGUCUGCUCUCCCUCUUGACGUGCACUCACAUGGCCACACGUACAUAGCCUCUGCUAGGGAAGUCCUACUCACUGCCUUCUCGUGGCAGGGGUGUUGUUUACGAAAUUGAGGGGACGAAAAGAGAAUGUCUGGUGCUUUAACCGAGUUGGUGGACAUGGAGAGUCCACCUAGGGUAGUUGGAAAACCCUGAUUCCGAACCAAUGGUGCACGUGGGCUCCAGUAUUCUGAAGGAACAAACGGCGUAUGAACCAGUCGUUGGACACCGGCUACCAUGGGACUGCAUCUCCUUACGAUGCUCCGCUGCCUUGUGGAUUAGACCCUUAAGUCGAAGGCUCCGGGUGUGGCCCCCUAAGAAAACCACCUGCUUCGGUCUGGGCACCCGGGCAAUAUCCCAGCCAUCACACAAAUCGAAUGAUUUAUGUGGCGCAUAUGUAUUUGGUGCCUCCUUGCACCAAAAUCUAUGUGUUAAAAUUAAUUAAUUUAAAAAAACUUACAGUAGAUUACAGUACUGCAUAACACUACUCUGAAUUCAGGUAUAGGGUAUCUAAAUUCAACGUACAAAAUUGCUCUUUGAAGUCAAUUAAAACACUGGUAUAUCUGUUAUGCACGUUAUUAUGAGUUUUUGAUGUUGCAAAUGUAAUCCGGACCUGUUACCUGUUUAUUCAAAAACAUAAAGCUAUCAUCCUCAUCGUGAAAGCUAGACGUACUUUUCGACUUCCGUCGCUGGUCACUGCCAGACAUAAACGCACGAUAUAUCCGUUUAAAGAGACUCUGUAGCUGGUCUAUUCAGUCGUAAAAAUCAACGGGAGAAGGUGCCUGCUCUUACUUGAAGUUUCGUAAAUUCACUAUAAAUUUUUAAGUUCUUAACAUAAGUAGCUGAAAUUUAAAAUGUUGGUUAUGAUGUAUAUAUAUAAAGUGAGAUUUUCUUAUUGAGAUGAUUCUGAUAUCAUCCACAUCAUUAUAAAAAACGUUUUCUCGUCGUUCAUGUUAUAUUACUAAAUAUUUUUCUCACAGUUGCCUUAGCAAUUUUACGUAUCGUAAUCGUAUGGUAUUAGCUUAAUUUUUCUUGUCAUUUGUCUGGCCGAGAGUCGCCUUAUGUAUAUAGUUACAAAGAUUUCAUAACGAAUGACACACAUCCACAAAUUUUCCUAAGGAAUCAGGAUACUGAAAUUGUCGAUUAUGGUAUCAAGCUACUGAUUUUCAUGUUGAGCUACAGAACUGUGACUGACCGACUCAGGUUUAGUCGUGGCCAUAUUAUAGUUCGAAAUCAUGGAUGUAAAAUGUGUAUAAUUGAAUUAUCAAAUUAAUGGGAUUCUUUUGGGAUUUUCUUGUUUAGAUGCUGGAUUCAAACUAUCUAAUUGAAAAUAACAUUGUUCGCUCACAUAUGUUGUUCUAGUUUACAGUAUAGGAAUUUUUUAUAUCUUCAUGUCAUAAAUCGUUUUUUUUCCGUAUUUCAAUUUAUUUAAUUGGCAAUUCGUUCUUGUAAAUGUAUUAAUAAUUUCUGUUUUAUGGAUUGAUGUAAAAUGCUUAUUAAGCUGUUCCCUUCGUUUAUAUUUAGUGUUGGUGUAGAUUGCAACAGUAAAAACCAAGUAAGUCAUGAAGUGAAUCUCUUGCCAUUGUUUUUUGAGUCCCAUAACUUUAUGAUUAUGUAUAUGAGUUUGGAUUAGAUUAGAAUUUAUACUGAAAACAAGUUAGAAAUAGUGAUGAUCUUUUUAGUAAGAUAAAUAAAAAGUUUAUAAAAAUCAUGAUUAACUGACUACCAAUAGCUACACAAUAAUGUUGAGGUUGUACCCGAUUCAUCAGAAAUAAACUUAAUCAAUGUUUUGACCAGUCGGUCAGUACGUAAUUUUCAACCCUUCUUAGUUAUUUAUGUUAAACAUUCUGGUGAAAACAGAUAUUUUAUUUAUCACAAAGAAAUGGAUUUUAUGGUCAAUUAUAUAAUAUAAGGUAGAUAAGUAGGUACCAAUUAAUUGAAUCUUAUUGCAUUUGAUUAAGCAAAACUUUCCUUCCAAUCUUUCUGAUAAUUCAUUAUCAUCAACGCUUGGUAGCUCGUUAUUAGGACAUGUGUGAAAUUAAUCUAGAUUUCUCGAAAUAUAGCUAGGGUCUUCUUGUUUGAGUUUAUUUAAAUUGUGACAUUUACUGAGAGAUAAUUAUAUGUACAAAUUCUAGGGUAUUAUGACAUCAAAUUUAUUAACUGGUAAUAAUAGCAUCGUAGGCACUGAUUCAAAUUUUUCCGUGAGUGUUAAAAGAUUUAUUCGAAAUAGUGUUAAUUAGCUAGUUUCAAACCAUAUUCUGUAAUAUUCUUUUCAAUAUACCAGUUACGUCAUUGGUUAAGUUAGAAAAUAAUUUUGCAUACUACUUAGUCAUCCAUUUUUAAGAAAAAACAUGUGGCUUGUCAUAUUAAUUUAUUAAUCAUCAUAACUACACUUACUUUGGAAGCUAGAAUCCAAGUAACUAAAUAAUUAUGCUUCAGAAGUUAAUUUUAAGUAACCCACAAUAAUAUAUUUUUUAGCUUAAACAUAUGAGAAGUGUUCUAAUCUCCUAGCUUGUCUGACUUUUCCUAACGUGGUGUAUUAUUAUCGUCUUUAUUUUAAUGUCAAAUCAAAACCGUGAUAAUUAUUCUUUCUAGCCGCAUACAGAUACGGAAGAAGAUUUGGUUGAUGAUCAUAGUUGCUGUAGUUCUCAUUGGAUGAGUUUCGAUAAAUUGUAAGUGAUCGUUUACAUGAAUUUGCAUGCCUUUCAUAUCACAGGGCUAUUGUAUUGAUUAACACUUUUUGUCAGAUCCCAUAAUAAAAUUUAUUUUAUUCAUUCCUAAUCUAAAUUAACUGAAUAUGAUAGUUUCCCCGUCAGUUGAGUUUACGUAGAUCUGACUUGGUUAAUUCCUUUGGUUUCUUUAAAUGUUUUUUUAGGUGUUUCAUUCACAAAGAUUGACUUUACGUUUUGGUUUUGAUAUCAAUACAGUUGUGCGUUGUGAUUUGUCAGCUUCUCCAACUAAAUAGGUCAGGUCGUUCGCUGGAUUCAUUGUCUAAAUCACAUUAUUUUAACACCUUGUUACAGGUAGUUUCUGUAUCAAUCGAGUCCUUUUUCGUACCUUCAGAAUCAAAUGACUGAUCAGCUUGGUUAAAAUAUUCUCCUGAAAUACUACCUAAUAAUUAUCAUCUGUCACUUUAAAUAUUCCCUAAAUAAAAUAAGUUUAUUUUAUAAACAGUUUUAGACUCAGAAGUUUCCGGUAAAAACAUCGAAUGAAUUACGAAGAAUACUUUCCUAUCACUUCGUGAUAAUUGCAUUUACACGUCUUAGAUAUAUUAAGACUUGUAUUUAUUGUAAUAUUGCGGGUAAUAUAACUAGUUUGAGAGUAGUAUGUUUUAUCCUUCAUCUCCUGUCAGUGUGUUAUUUUUUAAAGUAUUUGGUUAAGGAAAAGUGAAAUAACUGUUUUGUAUUUUGUCAUGUUUAAGAUAAUCAAAAAGAAACUAUCCAGUUAGUAAAAAGUUACCAUAGGGGGUUUAUAGGAGUCAUUAAAUCCAAACAUACUUUAUGUCACAGAUUGACUUCAUCUUAACAACCAUUAUCGAUCAGGGAAAAUUGGUCAUUCCAUUUUGGGACUCUUUAGGAGCCUGCAAUCCCAACCCUGCUGGUAAUCGUAUUUGAGAUCAAAGAAUUUUGGGUGUGCAAUUUGCAUAUUAACCACUCGUUUGAUGUACAAUGCCCUGUGAUAUAACCUGUCUUAAUUUACUAGAAAAUGCCAGUAGAAUUACGUUUACAGCAGGUUAGAGCGUUGCGCCUACUAGAUAUUAGACUGUUGUGUUAUAAUGUAAUUCAACGUCUCGCGCUUCACUUUAUGUUGACUAAUAUUGAAGCUAAAUUGUAAGUAAUUUUAGUUUGUUACUCUUUUUGCAGCUAUUUGAAACCAUUACUUACACACGGCACUCCACCACUGACCGAAUCAUUACCAUCAUGUUGUUAUAAAUUUGCCAAAUUACUUACAACUUUUGAACAAAAAAGUGGGACAUUUGUCAAUAACGAUAGAAAUAAUGGUUACCCUGACAAUUUUAAACGUGACAGUACUACUGUAUUUUAUUCAAAUGAGAAGGCAUCAAUCAGUUCUACACUCAGUAUGAAUACUGUUAAAGUGCAACCUGUGGAAGUAAGCGCGUUUAUUUGUGAUUUUAUUUUGUAAUAAAUUGCAUUUUACGAAGUUUAUCAGCGGGGUAAAAUGACUUGUGUUUGAAUAACCUAUUUAUUUAGCACUAUAUAUAUAAUACAUAAUUUUUACGAUUAAAAUUGUAGAGGGAAUUGAACCGAUAUCUAGCUUUUCAAAUUAAAGUGGUUGAUUAUUUAUGACAGAAUUACUUUUAUUGCGGUAAUCGACUAAAUUUACCAAGAUUAAAAUCAUAAGUCUCUGAUUUAUGAAUUUAAUACCCGGGUAUGUAAUAGGCUACCACACCUGUCAAGUCAUACGACUUAAUUUUCAAAGUGUUAAAUCAGCUUCUCUUUUUACCUUCAUGAAACAAAAAAAUGAACUGAUUGUGGUAUGUACUUUGUUUUUUUUAUUGUAGUUGGACAAAAUAAUGUUUAGGGUUUCUCGGUAUCUGCUUGAAAAAUUUAUUUGCACAUUACAAAAUAUCUAAUGAGAGGGCUUAGUUUGUUUUCUUCGUUUGCUUAAAAUCUAUCUGCUAUGACUAUCACUAGCAUCCCGUGGAGCUAAUGAACAAAAUGUAGAUAGUUCGAUUAAUGAUCAGCAGUAAGCUUAAAUAUUAAAAGUUUAUUUUUCUAAAGUGUUUGAGUUUGUUACAAAUACAUAAAUGUUUUAUACAGUUUCACUGUCUACAACGUUAUCAACCAGCAAAUGCUUUAUUAUCAUUAAUAUUAAUGUAAAUGCUUAUUUUAUCUUCUCACAGUUGACAAUAAAGUCAUGUCGGUCUCACUUACAUACUAGUAGCAUAAGUGGUUUGAUCGGACUACAUAAGGAUAAAAAAUCAGUCAAUGUUCAUUUCGUUUUUUCUCGUAAUAUGAUACAAUUCAUAGUUUGACUAAAGUUCUGUCGUUUAGCAAAAUUUAUAUUAUGUAUACAUUCCUUUUGUUAAAUCUCAGUGUAUAAACCAUUCUCGUAAACGUCUAUGAGCACGUUUGAUUAUUAAGAC